AGAAAGAAAGAAACAAUUCCGCCGGAAACAGAAGUCUCUUUGUGCCACACUAGUCCCUUCCGCAGUUAGCCUCCGCUCAUUCAUUAAACCAUAUCAAACCGUUCUCCCUGUUUUCUCUCAUCAAACCAUCAAAACGUCGUACGCAAUGAGAGGAGACCGCGGCAGGGGCCGAGGACUCCGCUUCGGAGCCCGGGGAGGCAUGGUCCAGGGGUACCGUCCUUUUGUCCCGCACAUCCCAUUUGACUUCUAUGUGUGUGAGAUGGCCUUCCCCAGAGUGAAACCUGCUCCUGAUGAGACUGCGUUUAGCGAGUGUCUGCUGAAGAGGAACCAGGACCUGAGCCCCUCACCUGCAGAACAGUCUUCCAUCUUGUCUUUGGUCACAAAGAUCAAUAAUGUCAUCGACAACCUGAUUGUUGCCCCUGGUAGCUUUGAAGUGCAAAUAGAAGAAGUUCGUCAGGUGGGUUCAUACAAGAAGGGAACCAUGACAACUGGACACAACGUCGCUGACCUCGUUGUCAUCCUCAAGAUCCUCCCUACACUGGAGGCAGUGGCUGCGCUCGGGAACAAGGUGGUGGAGACUCUACGCACCCAGGACCCCGCAGAAGUUCUCUCCAUGCUGACCAAUGAGACGGGCUUUGAGAUCAGCUCAGCUGAUGCAACCGUUAAGAUCCUCAUCACCACUGUCCCGCCCAACCUACGCAAGCUGGAUCCAGAGCUGCACCUGGACAUCAAGGUUCUGCAGAGCGCCCUCGCCGCCAUCCGCCAUGCCCGCUGGUUUGAAGAGAACGCCUCUCAGUCGACAGUAAAAGUCCUGAUUCGCCUUCUGAAGGACCUCAGGUUGCGCUUCCCGGGGUUUGAACCUCUGACUCCGUGGAUCUUGGACCUGCUGGGCCACUCUGCAGUGAUGAACAAUCCAUCCAGGCAGCCUCUGUCCCUGAACGUGGCAUACAGGCGCUGCCUCCAGAUGUUGGCUGCUGGGCUCUUCCUGCCCGGGUCCGUGGGCAUCACUGACCCCUGUGAAAGUGGAAACUUCCGAGUUCAUACGGUCAUGACGCUGGAGCAGCAGGACAUGGUGUGUUUCACAGCCCAGACUCUGGUGAGGGUGCUCUCUCAUGGAGGUUACAGGAAGAUCCUGGGCCUGGAGGGAGAUGCCAGCUACCUGACUACAGAAAUGUCCACCUGGGACGGCGUGAUUGUCACUCCUUCAGAGAAAGCCUUCGAGAAACCUCCGGAGAGGAAGGAGGAGGAAGAUGAGACUUUGGAGGAAGGAGGGGACGGAGAGGACGAGAGUAUGGAGACGCAGGAGUGAAAAGGAGCACUUUAGUGACAUGACUGGUGUCCGUAAGCUGCUCUAUCAAUAAAGGACGAGUUCAGUUGAGCUGAUCAGUGAUGAGACUGAAGGUGGAAAAUCGUGGAUGUGAAACCAGAACCAUCAGCUGUUCUCCAGAAUAAAACUCCUCUUCUGUUCUCCACAGGUAGCUGUGAUGAAGAUCUACGCACCACUCUUCUUGUUCUUAAUGUUGUGUUUUUAUGUUUCCCUGUUUUUCUGAGGUGGAAUAAACGCGUUUUCAGUU